AUGGAAAGCAUGCAGGCUGCCCUCGACUGUGUGUCAAAGCUGCCAGCAGAUAGGAUUGAUGGUAUUCACAAGAUUUGGGCGAAGGACUUGAAGGAGCUAGCCUAUGAUAUUGAAGAUAGCGUCGAUGCUUUCAUGGUACGCAUCGAUACUCCUGUGGGUGCCAAGCCACAUAGCUUCAGAAGAUAUUUUGACAGGACCAUCGGCCUAUUGACAAAAGCCAAGCAUAGCCAUCGAAUUUACGAUGAUAUACAAGAGAUCAAGAACCGCAUCCAAGAGGUUUCUGGUAGGAGAGAAAGGUACAAGUUUGAAAAUGUUGUAGUGCAGCCUGACAAUACAACAAUGGAUCCUCGGUUGCCGUCUCUCUACAUUGAUGUAAAGAAGCUCGUUGGCACUGAAACCCCUGCAAAGAAGCUCACUGCGUUGCUAAUGCGUGGGGAGGGUGGGCAAAAGCAGCAGCUAGUGGUUGUGUCCAUUGUCGGAGUCGGUGGCCUUGGAAAAACAAGCCUUGCCAAUUUAGUGUAUCAAAGAGUCAGAGGACAGUUUCAGUCUCAAGCUUUUGUUUCAGUCUCCUUGAAGCCAGAAAUAAAUAAGAUUUUCAGCAGUAUAUUACGGCAGGUUAGUGGGAUGGAAUAUCCCAAUGAUGAAGCAUGGGAUCAAACUGAGCUUAUAGAAAAAAUCAGACAAAUUCUUGAGAAAAAGAGGUACAUCAUUGUAAUUGAUGAUAUAUGGAGUGAUUCGGCUUGGAUACUGAUCAAAUGUGCUCUUAUUGAAAACAACCUUGGUAGCAAAGUCAUUGUGACGACCCGGAAUGUUGAUGUGGCUAAAAUUUCUUGCUCACCCAUUGAUGGAACUCUGUAUGAACUAGAUCCUCUCUUUGAUGAAGACUCUAAGAGGCUGCUUUAUAGUAGGGUAUAUAAUGAAGAUGAGGAAAUUCAUACCGAAUUGGAGGAGGGAAGGAGGGAGUACAACAGAAGAGCAAGCCAUACUGCCUGCAACUCUGAAUGUGUCCCAAGUCAGGUGCCCCGCUGGUUUUCCUCACUCUCUGAACUCUCCAACGUGUCCAUCCGUGUCAAUCUUCUAAGACAGAGGGAUCUAGAACUGCUUGGAGCUUUACCCGCGCUAUGUUUUCUUAAACUACAAGUAGAUCCUUAUGGUACCACUGAUGAACGAUGCUGGCUGGUGUUUGCUCAAGGAGUGAUGCCAAAACUUCAGAGGCUUGAGUUAUCCUUUGAAGUACGGAAAAGAGAUGGUGGUUUUGAUAUCGGCCUGGAGAAUCUUUUGUCCCUUAAACAUGUUGCUUUCAAAGUUGACUGUACAGGCGCCCGGAUCAGGGAGGUGCAGGAUGCAGAGACCAAGAUCAGGAAUGCAGUUUGCAUCCAUCCGAGCCAUCCAGUUCUUAAGCUCUCAAGAAAGCGUGAAAACUUAAAAAGGAAGGAAUGA